AUGGGGCACGACGAGGACGACGACGAUGACGACGCCGACCACGCGCGCUUAGUCGCGCUGUGCGACGAGUUCGAGAACCUGUGCCACGAGCUGCGGUACCACCAGAAAGAGUGCGUCCCGUCCCGUCCGCGUCCGUCGCGCGCCCUCGUCGUCGGUCCGCCAGAUCCGCGUCCGGUCCCGCCGCCGUCGUCGUCGUCGUCUGCCGCGCCGCUGAACCCCCCACCCCACCCCGCCCGUCGUCGUCGUCGCAGCUGGUGCCACAGGAACCCGUCGUUCGCGUACGCGGGCCCGCCCUCGAUCGAGCUCGCGGAGAAGUUCGAGCGCGUCGCGAGGGCGGUGGCGGACGUGAGCGAAGACGACGCCGCGAUGGCGUCGGCGAUGGCGAGAGAGGUGCGGUCGGAGGCGACGAAGCACGCCGCGCGCGAGGCGACACGCGAGGCGAGAGAGGCGGAGGUCGCCGCGCGAGAGGAAGCGCGACUCGCGGAGCUGCGCGCGCGGGAGGCGGCGCGAUUCGCGUCCGCGAGAGCCGAGGCUACGAAGGAGGAGGACGACAAAUCGCGACGGCGCGAGGCGGAGGCGCGCGAAGCGACGCGAUGCCCGCGCGGCUCGGAUCUGUUGUCCGCGCGCGAGCGCGCGAGGCUCGCGGCCGCGAGCGUGCGCAUGCGCUUCGACUUCGACGCGCUCCCGGACGAGGUCGCGGGCGCGGUGAUGCGCGUCAUGGGGCCGCACGAGGUGGCCGCGACGACGUGCGCGUCGACGCGCUUCAGGAACCUCGCGGAGACGGACGACGCGUUGUGGGAAGGGUUACAACGUCGCGCGCGGCGGCACCCGGCGUGGAAAGUCUCGCCCGACGACGACGGCGGCGGUUUGGGCGGCGGCGGUUCGCCGCCGACGUGGCGCGCGGCGUUCCGCGCGGGGACCCACGUCGACGCGCAGUGGCGCCGCGGGCGGUUCCGGAAGAUUCAGCACCGCGCGCACAGCGAGUACGCGCAGUGCGUGGACAUGCGCGGCGACGUCGCGUGCUCCGGCUCGGCGGAUCACGAGGUGAAACUCAUCGGGUUGCCUCCGCGGGCGCGGCGCGGGGCGAUCGCGAGACGACCGGGGGGCUGGCAGCGCGUGUUGGGUCGAUGCGUCGGGCACGAGGCCGCGGUGACGUGCUGCGCGCUGUUGCGUCUCGGGGACGGGGACGGGGACGGGGACGGGGACGAUUUCGGCUUUGGUUUCGGCGGGAACGACGUCCCCGACCGACUCGUGAGCAGCACCGCGACCGGGGAGAUCAAACUGUGGGACAUCUCCGCCGUGGGGCUCGACCCGUGGGAGGGGACGCGCGACGAGCGCGACAACGCGCGCGACGACGACGGCGCCGCCGCCGCGGAGUCCGCGGGCGUCGUCGUCGACGCGCGGUGCGUCGCCACGAAGCUCCUCACGACGCCGGAGACGUCGCAGCCGCACUCGCAAUUCUUCGCCCUCCGACGCUCCCGCGCGGGCUCCGGCGGCGGCGCUCCCGACCUGUUCGCGAGCGCGGGCGACCGCCCCGGCGCGGGCGUGCACGUGUACGACAUGUCGCGCUUUGGCGCGCCCGUCAGGCGCCUGAGGCGCGUUCUACUGUACUCUGGUCCCCAUACGACCCCGUUCGCGUGGUGA